AUGGCACUAGUUCGGCUCAAUAGGGAGGUUCAAACUAACCGACCAAAACCUUUCAAAUUUUUCAACUUCUGGACUGUUCAUCCUAAUUUCUUAAAUGAAGUUAUACAAUCAUGGCAACCAUCCAUUAAAGGAAACCUGAAGAAGGUUCUCUUCCUCAAGCUUAAGUGUCUAAAAGUAUGCCUCAAGAUCAUAAACAAAGAAUGUUACAGUGACAUUUCUACUCCGGUGCUUGAAAAGAAAAAUGAGUUAGAACAAAUUCAGCUAUAUACUCUACGUGGAGAAGACACUAUAGAAAAAGAGUUGUUUUUACAGAAUGAACUAUUAUCUCUUGAAGAAGCAGAGGGUAUGUUCUUAAAACAAAAGGCCAAAGUUCAAUGGUUAAAAGAGGGUGACAAAUGCACAAAAAUCUUCCAUUCAAUUAUCUCAGGUAAAAACAAAAGAGACACCAUCCGAAUUCUCGUUAUUGACCAAGGUAGAAGGCUUGAAUCCUUUGAAGGAAUGGCUUCUGAGAUAAGUGUAUUUUACUCAUGUCUUCUAGGUACUGCAGAUUCCGGGGUUAAAAACUAUGAGCCUAAUCUUCUAAAAAAUCUGAUGCAAUUUAAUUUGCCUUCAAAUUAUUCUUUUAACCUUGUUAAGGAAGUAACUGGUGAAGAAAUCAAAGAAGCCAUUUUCAACCAAGGAAAUGACAAAGCUCCAUAUCCUGAUAGAUUCACUCCAUACUUUUUCAAAAAAUCCUAG